ACAAAAAGAAGAAUGAGGUUGACGGUUGACCCAUCCAUAUUCGUUGAAAUUCCGGCAACCUCGAUUCAGUAGCCUAUCCAUUAUACGAAGCCGCCCCAAAAAGCUUUGUCUUCCUCUGCAGUAACACAGACUCUUCUCUUUAUGUUAUUAAAGGAUAAUAACGCCACUCCUUUUCACCAGAUACUUACUCUUUCAACAAUGGAGGCUAAGGCUUUCAGCUUGCUCAAGUACUGGCGCGGCGGACGUGGACGCAGCAUCUCUUUAGGAGACGGCGAAUUCGCUGCUGCUUCCACCGUCGGUUCAACGACUGUUGAUUGCUCCGCUCGUCAGCAUUUCGCUGACUCGGACUCCGGCUCUGACGCGGAGGACGACGGACCCUUCUUCGACUUGCGAUUCACCGCCGUUACGGAAGAUGACGACGACGGAGAGAAUGAGGAUGCGUAUGGUGAUGUUCAGUUUUCCGAGACAGACGGAAGAAGCGGCUCCGGUGAACCAGAUAGCGAGAGCGAAGGUGAGCUGAAGCUGGCCUUCUCACCAUCCUCUGCCUCCAACGUUGACGGCGGAAACAUUUCAUUCUCUCCGCCGGACGGUAUCGUAUCGGCCACGGAAGUGAAUUCGAAAUUUCCGGUGUCUCUGUUGAAAUCAGCCACCAAAUUGAGAGUCCUAAUGCUGAAAUUGAAUCGUCCGAAACAGAAGGAUGAGAAAUUAGGGCGAAAUCCAAGGCAGAAAACUCAAAUUCGAGGAGAGAGGAUGUUUUUCAGGGUGAAAUUGAAGGUUGAAGAAGUGAAGAUUAGGUCACUGUUUAAGCGACACAGCAGUUCGAAUUCGAACGCCCAUGAAUCAAGCUCAGGAUCAUCAGAGGAGAGAAAAUCUUCGAAGGAAAUGAUUCGCAAAUACUUGAAAUUGGUAAGGAGUUCGGGGAACUUGAGCUUUUCCGGCGGCGCAACAACGGCAGGUGCAUGUCAUUUGCCGCCGCAGUCUACGGCGGAGGAAAAUCUGGAAACAGAACCGACGGAGUGUUCUGAGAAGGCGGCAGUGCUGAGAAACGCCAGGAGUCAGAAGCGAGUGGUACCGCAAACCCUGGUGAAAAGCCGAUCGGCGUCUUCGGCCGCGGCGGCUCCGGUGCCAUCUAAGCGGCUGGACGACUCGUUGAAAGAGCAAAACGAUGGUAUUCAGGGCGCCAUUUUACAUUGCAAGAGAUCUUUGAACGCUUAAAUCUUAAUUAGAAAGGUAACAUCUCAAAUGUGAUUUGAGUUUGAAAAUGAAAACCGUAAAUCUGUUUAUAUUUAUUGACAGUUCGCUAAAUGUCUGGAAAAUAUUACCCAAACAGCUCAAUAAUACGUAGUAUUUCGGAUCACUCAAACGGAAAUGAAGAAUUGUUG